AUGGUCGAGGACCUUGUGUUUCUUCGACAGAAUUUUCUAGAUCCUUUGGCUGGAACCUUCUUGGUAAUUGUCUCAAGCUUCUGUGUGAUUCCCACUGAGGUGAAACCAGGUCGAAGGGGCUGUGUGGCACAUUCGAGGGCUGUGACUUCCCCUCUCUGAGCCUUGGACUUCUUGCCUGUGAAAUGGGAGUCUGCACUGACAGAGUCCAUUCUUUCUUCCAGCCCCGAAGGUCUACGCCAGCAGGGGGAGUUCCAAGAGGCAAGGACUUUGUCACACUUACAGCUGUAGCCCCAGAGCCUAGCACCGUGCUUGGAAUAUAGCAGGUGCUCAGUCAAUACUUGCCAAAUGACUGAAGGCAUCAUGUCAGCAUCAGAAUGCCACCCAGACCCUGAGGAGCUGGGGAGAAGGGAUGAAGACUUUUGGACUCCCGCCAUGCCUUACAUUAGCAGCAUCAUUUCUGAGUCUUGA